AUGUCUAUGUUUCUCAAACAUCUCUCGAAGCUAAAUCUCAAGAAACCGAAAGAUGCUCUCAAAAACCAGAGUGUUAGGUUGUCGCAAACCCCGCCCUAUCUGACCAUCGGCUUUUGGUUGAAAGAAGACUCGCUCCACUUGUACGACCCAGUCAAGGAAGACACGACUAAAAUAUCAGACAAAACACUCCCGGAGGAGCUCCAUACUUUGCAAUUGCAAGCCUCAAAAUUAUCCCCUACAGUCACGCCUCUGCCUCCCUUUUGUCCUCUGCCCGAUUACAAACUGGAGUCCGUGAGAAGUGUGUCAAUGUCCUCUUGUCCUGACCAAGAGGAUGAGGAGUGUGUAGUUGCUGUCAAGUUUACGGGAUUUCAGUUGAGUCUCUGUGUGCCUGGCAGGGACUCCGAGUGGACGAACAUUGUAACCCCUUUUAAUUACUUCCACAACAGCUCGAGUCUCACGUAUUCUAAGAGAGAUAAAAGUUUCUAUAUGCUCGCUCCAGGAAGCCGCUUCUUGGCUUCUUGGUAUAUCCAUUCCAAGAACUGGGACUACCCAAAGUUCCACGAGUUAAGGUUUCACAACAUUCCUAGGUUUUCGCAGUCGCAGUGGCAGCUAUUGGAUUCGUCUGCCAAGACUGAACACUUCUUGGAAGCCCCCUCGGGCGAAUGUUUCCUCGUCAAGUGGUAUGGGGAGAGCUUGCCGUGUGUGUUCAAUGAGAAAGAAACAAUUUACUACAGGACAAACCGGUUCAUGGUCUUCAGACAGGAAGAGGCGAGUAAAGAUGGGGCCAGCUCCUGCCCUGGUCUCAAGCCUAACGCUAUCUAUUUCAUGGGCUACGACUUUGGUGUUCAUGACCUCGCAACCAAAACUGUCCAUAGAUUUAGUGACAAAGGUUUGCCAGGCCCAGUAUUCGCUUGCCCGUACUGGAUUCCUCCAGUUUUUCUCUAG